CAUUACCCUCCUCCUCUUCUUCCUCCUCCUCCUCCUCCUCCUCGUCCUCCUCCUCCACAUGUCAAAACGAGCGCACGCGGAGAGCGAGAGGGCGAAGCUCGAGCAGGUCAUCGGGAUAAUUGAGAGGGAUUUUCAGAGGAUCGUCACUGAAUCGUUCAAGUCGAGCGACGACAAGGUGAAGGUGGUCAACCUGUCGUCUGACUUUGGCAAGACGCUGAACGGGCGCGUGGGCAGGGUCGUCGGGGGGGCGACGCGUGAGGAAAUCGAGGACGCGUACCGUGGUAACAGGCACGCGCGGGCGCGGGUCAAGGUUGAGGGCGAGAACGAACCCGUGAAGUUGCGACUGUGCAACAUCCUCCCCUGCAAGCUCAGGCACGAGCCGGACGGCGGCAAGGUGACGCUGACGACGGCGAGGGCGCGCGAUCUGGCGAAGGAGUCGGUGGAGAAGCAGCGUCUCGCCCGCGACCAGGAUCCGGGUUCCAUCGCGCGCAUCGAGGCCACCGACGCGUGGCUGGCCAAGGUUGAAGGGGGAAACGAAGGGGCUCCCAUCCCCGUCUACAAGUGCGGAGCGCUGGGCAGGCCGCUGACGAAGGGGCACGAGAACGGGUGGGAGAACCUGCGGAACCAGCUCGCGCCCGCGUGUUCCGGAGACGGCGAGGUCACGUUCGAGAGGUUCGGGUACGGGCUCGUGGGCGUCGCCGGGGAGCACGACCGCUGCGUCGUUUGCCACGAACCGGUCACCGCGGAUGGCGACACCAUGGGCCUCCCGUGCCGCCACGUCUUUCACCGUCGUUGCCUCGAGCCGUGGCUGAAGAAACGUACCGACGAGGGCCGCGCGCCGGACUGCCCGACGUGCAGGACGGAGCUCCAGAUGUCGCACGAGGUGUACACCGCGGAUUACGACUGCGAGGAGAUGCUCAAGCGACGCUUCGACGAGUUCUUCAUAUCCGGCUUUUGCGUGUGCUGUCAGUCAACCGUCAUGGAGGCUGACCCGCAGGUGUACCUGGACCCGCUCAACGGAAUGCCUCCGCAGGUGAUACAGCGCUCGCAGUGGCCCGCGUGGGUCAAGUACGGGGUAAGGUACUCGGCGAAAGAGAUCGGUGGUAAUGAGGACGAUGGGCACUUCAUGAUCACGAGGUGCCAGGGGAAGGGGGCGGAGAAGAUUAGCGUUGUGGGGUCCUUUGGCUCAUGAAUGACAGCACAGCUGGAUAUUUUUUGCAAGCUGACGUGGCUUGUUAAC